GAACCAUCACUGAAGUUCAUUAACGGUGUAACCUCACAACGAUGGGGGAGGAACUGCGAUAUUGUUACAAUAAAGGAUGUGGACAAAAGUUCAACCCAAAAGAAAAUAAUGCAGGUAUUUCCGCAUUUUUUCAUUCCGUCACCAGAUGACUUUAAUAAACAUCUAUGGUCUUCAGUUCCUUCGAGGAACUAUUAUAAUCGUGAAACCUUGGUGAAAAUUGUCUUCAGUUGUAAAUUCGUCAACAGCAUGCAUGAAGACGAUCUUAUAUGUGAUAUUUCGCUUAUAGAUUCCUGUGUGUAUCAUCCGGGUCCAGCAUAUUUUCAUGACGCGUAUAAAAUAUGGAAUUGUUGCAAUAAGAAAAGCACAGAUUUCGGUACUUGGUUAAGCUUCAAGGGCUGUACUCGAGGUAAACACAACGCCGAAAAGCCUGCUGAAGAUACGAAACCGAUUAAAACGCAAACCCAAAUUCGACCGGAAGCACCCGAAGAGGUAAUUGUUUGGAAUGGCUUGAAUCAGCCAGCAGCUCGUGAUGAAAAACCUCGAAAAAUGGCUACGAUAACACUUGAAGCAACAGAAGCUGCGCUUAAAGCCAUCGAAGCGCAUAGGACGUUGGAUGAAGGUGACGGAUGUAAUUUACAAUUGGGAAUGUCUUGUAAUAAUGCCGGGUGUAACAAGGUGUACCAAGGAGAAGAAAGCAACAAGGAGGUGUGUGUUUACCACCCGGGAACAGCUGUUUUUCACGAAGGGAUGAAAUAUUGGUCUUGUUGUCAGAAGAAAACUUCUGAUUUCAGCACCUUUCUCGACCAAAAAGGCUGCACUAAAGGGAUGCACUGCUGGUUAAAACAUGAACGCGUUGACAAGAUAAGAGAAGAUUGGUUCUGUCGUGGUGGUUAUAUACACUUGAAUAUCUAUUGCAAAGGUUCGUUGCCAGACAAGUGUUGCGUUCAAAGUGACGGCCUUGUUCUCCACGCCAAAGUCGUGCAUGGAUUCGGUACUAAAGAAACUGAUCUCAAUUAUGAGCUAUUUGGAGAAAUUGACGUACCGAACUGUAAGGUGAUAGUAGGUGAACGUAAACUGGAGAUGGUUCUCAAGAAAGUGGGUGUGGAAGGUUGGCCUCGUCUCACCUACGAGUCGCCGUCGCAAACAUCUGAACAAUGCUGA